AUCGACAUGAAGAAGUUCGCCCAGCUCGCCGGCUACACCGAAGGCUCUGCUCGAAAUGCGUUCGCGGCUGUCCGGAAGAAGCUUCGAGCCGUUGCCCAGUCCAAGAGCACCAAUGGCGGUACGAACUCUCCUACAGCCUCGAACAACAAGGCGGGGACUGGCGUUGCUACUCCCAAUGUGAAGAAGGCCACGAAGCGCACCCCAUCGUCCAAGAAGCGUGCUCGGACCGCCACCCCCAGCGACCUCGACGACGACGAAGACACGCCUUCCAAGCGACCUCGUGGC